UUCCGGAGACGAAAGACCUUUCAGCCAAUAGCCUCCUAAACCUCAUAAACCCUCAUCUGAGAGUCUGUCGUCUCUUCUCUGCGACUCAUCAGCUUCUUCGAGGGAGAAAGUUGAAACGAGAAGGAGAGAGCUUUUUUAUAUCAAUGGCGACUCACCUUCCUGACCACUUCAAGUGUCCGAUUUCCCUUGAGAUAAUGUCCGACCCGGUUAUCCUCUCCUCGGGUCACACCUUUGACCGUGCUUCCAUCCAACGGUGGCUCGACGCCGGUCACCGGGUUUGUCCAAUUACCAAAUUACCCCUCCCUGAUCACCCUUCCCUCAUCCCCAACCAUGCUCUUCGAAGCUUGAUUUCCAACUAUGCUCUCAUUUCGCCUCUCAAGCAGCAGCUGCCUCCCCAACCUGAAACCCUAAUCUCCUUGCUCACUUCUCGGUCUUCCCCCUUGGAAACUAAAAUUGAAUUGCUAGACCAACUCACCCGGCUUUCCCGGCGUGACUCGGUGUUUCGCCGGCGCUUGACUGAGUCAGGGGUCGUGUCGGCAAUGUUGAACUGCGUUGACUCCGGUGAUUCUGGCCUUCAGGAGAAAGCCCUCUCCUUGCUAUUGAAUCUAAGUCUUGACGAUGAUAACAAGGUGGGCUUGGUGGCGGAAGGUGUGAUAGGUCGAGUUGUGGCUGUUUUGCUGGGUGGUUCACCGAAUUGCAGAGCGAUGGCGGCAACUAUGCUGACCAGCUUGGCGGUUUUGGAAGUAAAUAAAGCCACGAUUGGUGCAUACCCAUGUGCUAUUGAAACUCUGGUUUCGCUUCUUCGGAAUGGUAAAGGGAGAGAGAAGAAGGAAGCUGCCACGGCGCUUUAUGCGAUCUGCUCUUUUCCUGAUAAUCGAAGGAGAGCCGUAGAAUGCGGGGCGGUGCCUAUUUUGCUGGGAACUGUUGGCUCUGGGCUUGAGAGGGCUGUUGAAGUUCUAGGUAUUCUGGCUAAGUGUAAGGAAGGCAGGGAACAAAUGGAAAGCUAUCAUGGAUGCAUACAGAUUCUGGCUCGGGUUUUGAGGAAUGGAAGCUCGAGGGGAGUUCAAUAUGCACUGUUGGCACUGAGCUCUCUUUGUUGUUGUAGUGAAAAAAUGAGACUGCAGGCUACAAAAGAAGGAGUUUUGGAGAUCGGUCUUGCAUUGCUGGACGAUGAUAACGAGAAAGUAAGGAGAAACUCAUCGAAUUUGGUUCAGGUUCUGCGUGGCAACCACUGGACAAAGUGAUAUGAAAGUCAAAAUAUUUUUAGGUGAUGGAAAGAAUCAGUUUUGAGAAGAAGAUUUCUUGUCUUGUCCCCUGAUGAGGUUGAGCAGGGUUUCUCUUUAUUGACUCUACCCUGUUCGGUAGUCCCUGUACAAAAAAGAAGAUAACAAUUUUAUGGUAAUAGGGUUCUUUUGUAUCUUGUACAUCUGAAUAAAGAUGAUGGAGCAGAUCUGUGUUGUUGGCUGUUUAGAAUGAGAAAGGGUAAUUCCUGCUCAAACCUGGAGGAUCAUACUAUUUGUGCAGUCAUCUAUGUCAUGGAUAUGAUAACUCUAAAUACGAACUGUGGCGCCGCGGUGAAUAUAAUCAAACUCGAAGCAAAAUUCUAAAUUCAUCACGAGACAUGGAGGACAGAUUUCGGAACAAGCAGUGGAUGCUCUCUGCCCUGGUUUCUGUCAUAUCAUAUCAAUCGCUCUCAGUUUCUCCGCCAGAUUAAGUUAUUGAAAAAUGACAAUGUGCCUGGAAAGUGGAGCAAGUCUGUGCAGGCUCGGUGAUCUGCUGGCAGAAAAAGACGAGCUAUAGGCCUACAGCCUAUAACUGUUAAGUCACGGAACUUACAUCAGGCCCCUUGAAAUUUCGUACAUGGCGGACCUAUCUCUGCUAAUUAUUGAAAUCAUGGUGCUGUGAAUACUGAAUGAGGGAAGGAUACGUUUGGGCUGAUCUCUCUCUCUCGUUGGAAGCUUCUUUGUAUGCUGAAGAGUCAGGCUGCUGCACGGUUUAUUAUUGGUUUAUAUAUUAAUAUUAUUUGAGUUUGCUUCCCUAGAAGAAGCAUGUUUAACCUAGUUGAUUGGAAGAAACUAUUUAGUAUUUAUUAUAUGUUUUUGUGUGAUCCUGUUUGUCUUGUGUCGCAGAUGAUUAUAUUAUUCACCACCCCAAGAUUUGGAAAGGUCUUCACUCAGUUGUUUAAUGUCCAUGUGAGGAUACUUUGGAGCUGUGCAUGUUGACUUCAGGUUGAUAGUAGCUGUGAGUUCUUUUUCUUAAUUUUCUUUUUCUAGUUAGUCAAUAGAUAUCACUCUUAAAUAAUAAUAAUAACGGGUUGAUGAUCUUCUUUUUCGACAUGUGGAUGAAGAAUUUCGUAGUAGUUUUUGGUAGAACAAUUAUGUAUGGAUAGUCACCAGAAAUAGUUUGGUCAACACCUAAUAUGCAUGGUCUUUGCUGGCUUUCUAUAUACGUUUGCUUCUUUUCA